GCGAGGCUUUAUCUGGAACCGCCCCUUCUGCUCGUCAGUCCAGGGCGCUCAGUUACACCCGGAACAUAUGCAGGAAACUGAUUUCUGUUACUAACGUAAAGAGCGCGAGCCUGCUACCAGACCCAUUCUAGGUAAGAUCGUUCUAGAAGACUCUCCUUGUUAGCGUACCUGGCUGUAGAUAGCCUGCGCGUCAUCUCCGGACGGCAGCUAACGUUAGCUGGCUAACAAAGUAGCAGCUUUGCUAGCUCUUUAGUCUCCAACCGCCUGUAUUAUCUGGUCAUUUUUUUCAUUAGCAUUCGGAUUUGUUUAUACAAACCCAAGCUCAGCGGGACGUUUUGGGUGCUAGUUUAUUUGCAGAACGUUACUGUUAUGAGAGCUAAGGCUACAGAGCUGGACUUUCCCCGGCCUAGCGCUGCCGAGUUGUCCCCGCUGUCGGUGCAUUUGUUCUGAAGGUAACGUUAAUGAGCAGAUAGAGCGUACGGCGGCGCAGGACACUGAGGUAAAGCCACCGCUGGUGUUUUGUUGUAGGACGUGGUCUCAGAAUGGACUUGGAUUUGGGGGAUGGAGGAGACAGCAGCAGCAGCACACGACGGAAGAUGGAGGCGGUUGGAGAGGCGGUGGAGAUCACCCCGCUGGAGAUGUACGACUCAGCCCGGGCUAAGAUAGCGGCUAACCUGCGCUGGCUGUUCGCUAAAGCCUACGGAAUCGAUCACAUCCCAGAGGACAUGAGGGACCCCUUCUACACAGACCAGUAUGAGCAGGAGCACAUCAAGCCUCCUGUGAUCAGGCUGAUGUUGUCCUCUGAGCUUUAUUGUCGUGUGUGUGGACUCAUUCUCAAAGGGGACCAGGCAGCCUCCCUUCAGUCCCACCAGUCUGUCAUCCAGUCACUCUCUCGCAAAGGCAUCUAUGUCAUGGAAGGAGAUGACAUGCCUGUCACAGAGGGUGACCUCAUGUGUCAGCCAAUCAAAAUGAGCUCACACAUGCCUAUGAUAGAUGCCCUGAUGAUGGCCUACACAGUGGAGAUGAUCAGCAUUGAAAAAGUAGUGACCUGUGUGAAGCGCUUCUCUACCUUCAGCGCCUCCAAAGAGCUUCCCUUUGACCUAGAGGAUGCCAUGGUCUUCUGGAUUAACAAGGUAAACUUGAAAAUGAGGGAGAUCUCUGAAAAGGAAAACAAAGUAAAGCAACAUCUGCUGGAUUCUCCCAGUCAUCAGAAGGUACGCUAUAGACGAGAACAUGCUUCAGGCCGUCAGCUUCCUCACUUUCCCCUGCUGGAGAAUCUUAUGAGGGAUGUGUGUGAUGGUGCUGCCCUACUGACUGUGGUUCACUACUACUGCCCAGACCUCAUGAAGCUUGAUGAUAUCUGCUUGAAGGAAGUCACCUCAAUAGCAGACAGUCUGUACAAUAUCCAGCUGCUGAAGGAGUUUGCCCAUGAGUACCUAAAUAAAAGCUUCUAUUUAACACUAGAAGACAUGCUGUAUUCACCUCUGGUGCUUAAACACAAUGUCAUGGUAUUCAUUGCUGAGCUUUUUUGGUGGUUUGAGAUUGUAAAGCCCGAGUUUGUCCACCCAAGGGAUGUCCAGGAAAUGAAGGAUGUGAGAGCAGUGACUCAGACAAAGAGCUCACGGCCCUCUGUGCCCAUCUCUAACGCUACCAAACGAAGCUUCUUGGCAUCGCCUGGAGUGACUGAUUCAGCUCAUCCUGUCGCAAACAGCCCUGAAGUGUGUAACAGGUACUUCCUGCACACUGAGGAAUCUGAUUCUUCUAAUAAGGGGAGUUCCAGCUUUAGCCCCUCACAUCCACUUUUACCGCUGAGACAGAGGCAGCAAAAAUCUCAGCAGGGAGAGGAUGCAGCAGGCUGUAGAAAUCGUUCUAAUUCACUGACACAGGAAAGUCAUUCAAGAGGGUCCUUGGCCUGGUCAGAAAAAAGACAGAGGCCACUGUCCCAGCUGAAUCGCUAUGUUCUGCACUGUGCCACGGACAGCGAUGCAGACUUGGCUUCGGGCGACAGUGCUAGCCUCACAUGCUCCAUCAGUGAGGAUAGUCUGGCCUCUACUGUCACGCCGAAACACCAGGGUCAUCCAAGCCAGGGUGGUCUUCGACGAGUCAAUGGUCAUGGCCUUCUUGGAAAUGUUAACGUGGAUGAAGAUGAUAUGAUGACCGUUAUUCGAGAGGAGUCGUCUAAAAAUGAGGUUACUUUAUCAAACUCUGGGGAGGUGGAACUUCGGGGUGCUACCACUAAUGCUAAAACAAGUUCAUGGGGCAGACAGGAGGAAUCUUCUGCAGAUUCCAGAACAGCCAGUUUCUACCUGGAACCACUAAUGCCUGCUGUUCUUAAACCAGCAAAAGAAAAGUCUAUAUGCUUAAACAAGGAGGAGGAGUCUGGAGAGGGGCGACAGCGUGGGUCAACAAGGAGGAAUGGUGCUGGAGAGGCUCCCAGCUCCUCGGUUAAACGAAGACCUCCAAACAACCUAAAUCGGACAUUUAAUACCUUCAGUUCCAUCUCUGAUCUUGACAUGGGCUCUGAACCCAGAUCCAGUGAAUCUAUGCCUCCAUCUGCUGGACAGACUCAUGCAUUUAGAGCCACAGUUACAACCAGUGGCGAGUCCUCUGCUGAUCAGUCCCCUGGGUUCUAUCUGCAUUCAUCAGUAACUGAGGACAAAAGGCCAGUUCAAGCUUGGGGUGUACUGCCUGAUGAGAACACGGAGACUGUGGAGACGAUUGAAGAUCAGGAUGCAGAACUAACCAAGGAACUUCAUCCACCCAAGAGACAAUUUUAUGAAGAAGAUCGGGAAUCUGCAAAGCUUCAGGAGGACAUGAGUGUAAAGGAGCAUGAGGACAAGGAUGAAGGAAGUAGGUGUUCCAGCCCUGCUCUUAGUGUUCAGUCACAGGUCAGUAGUGUGGCCAGUGGCAGUGUGAGAAUGACCAGCUUCGCAGAGCGAAAGAUGCAGAAGUGUGGCAGCAAUCAAGACAUUCGCUCAAGCGCCAGCAGCUCUCAAAGAACAACGCCAGAUGGUUCCGAGAUUUUGCCUUUUCCCCUCACCACAUGGAGGAUGAAGAGGGACCAGAGUCCUUCACAGCAGGGCAAGGACAACAGCAACCUGAUGUCUUCUGAACUUGUACAGUUGCACAUGGAGCUUGAAGAGAAGCGCCGUGCCAUUGAGACCCAGAAAAAAAAGAUGGAGCUCUUGUGUGCUCGGCGAAGGCUCAAGCUCGGAAAAGCUGCUUUUUUGCACGUAGUAAAAAAAGGCAAGAGCGACACACUCCCUCAGCCCUUCAAAUUAGACCACUUGAAAAAUGGCCAAAAGCUUAAUGUAGAAAAAGAGCAGUCAUCCAAAGAUGACUCCUGUCUUGAUGCAGUGAGAGAUCGGGAAAAAGGCACUGAGGAGCCAGAGAAGGCGACUCUUGAGUGGGGGAGUGCAGCUGCUAUACCACCUAGUACCUUGGAUGGGCCAAUAGAUGAGGAAAUAGACCUAAAUGAGUGUAACCGCUCCAUAGAAAUACUUAACGAGGCCAUCAGCAGCAUUCAGCAGAAGAUGAUGCAGUUGUCUCUACAGCAGGACCUACUUAUAAAGCAAAACAUUCAGUCUCCUCCAGGUGCUGCCCCACCCGAUGACCGAGGAAAUGUACCAGAGCCAAAGGUUCGAGCAGCUAUUCAUUUUGUGGAGCCGAGUGGCAGCCCUGUAGUUCGAAAGCCUCCCAAGCUGACCUCCUCCCGGUCCCGCUCCAAACCUGCUGAGCUGAAGCUUUCCAAGGACAUCAACAGAGGGCAGAAAAUAUCUACGCCCACUCCCACUGAUAGUCCCACUUCUCGACUAAGUCCAGGGGGCAGGACCCCCAAAGCCGAGCCUGAGAAAAUCACCCACGCUGAGGCCACGCUAACGAACACCACAUUCCGUCUCGAUGACGAAGCCAACUUGCGUACAGUCUCAAGGGAACCAAGUUCUGUUACGCUGGGUGUAACUUUUGAUGAGGAUGUCCCUAGUUCCUUACAAAAACCUGAGGAUUCCUUUGAUAUUGGUCCUGGGUUUGAGGACAGCUCAAAGAACAAGGCCAAUCUCAUAGAGGUGGACUUAACAGACGGAGCCCAGUCAGAUGAAUGCAGCUCAAACGUAUUGGAAGUAUCUACUGAUGAUGCAGUGGAUGGAGAAAAGAAAGCUGGCAUGGGCUUUUUCUUUAAGGAUGAGCAGAAGGCAGAGGAUGAAAUGGCCAAAAAGCGUGCAGCAUUUCUCCUGAAACAACAGAAAAAGGCGGAGGAGGCUCGGCUGCGCAAGCAACAGCUAGAGGUGGAAAGUGAGCUUAAAAGGGACGAAGCCAGGCGGAAAGCUGAAGAGGAGCGGAUAAGAAAAGAGGAAGAGAAAGCCAGGCGAGAAUUAAUAAAACAAGAGUACCUGAAAAGGAAACAGCAGGAGUUGACUGAAGAGCAGGAACAACCUCAACCUAAGCCUAAACCCAAACCCAAGCCCAAGAAGCAAAGACCAAAAUCUGUGCUGAAGGAAGAGCUUUCCACAGACACACUUCCAAAGUGCACUCCAGCCAAUGAGAACCUGAUCAGUGCCCAGUCUGGCUCUAACCUCUCACUGGCCUCUGUUGCCACUACUGAAGCAGACAGUGUGAACUCGGGAGGUGCAGGAUCUCAGCGGGGGGACUCUGUGGAGUCGUUUUCAAUGCUCAGUCGGACAACAGAGCGUGACUGGGACAACGGGUCUACUGCGUCUUCCAUUACAUCAACAUCCAUGGCAGAAUAUACUGGUCCUAAACUUUUCAAGGAGCCAAGUGCAAAGUCUAAUAAGCCGAUAAUCCACAACGCCAUUUCUCAUUGCUGCUUGGCCGGAAAAGUAAAUGAACCACAGAAGAACUCAAUUCUUGAGGAAAUCGAGAAGUGCGAGUCUAACCACUUAAUGAUUCUCUUCCGUGAUGGUGGCUGCCAGUUCCGUGCACUCUACUCGUACUAUCCUGACACAGAGGAGAUCCACAAGCUGACCGGCACAGGGCCUAAAAGCAUCACCAAGAAGAUGAUCGAUAAGCUCUACAAGUACAGCUCGGACCGCAAGCAGUUUACUGUCAUACCUGCCAAGACAAUGUCAGUCAGCGUGGACGCCCUGACCAUUCAUAAUCACCUGUGGCAGGCCAAGAGGCCUGCUGUGCCAAAAAAGAGUGCAAAAUGAAGCUUCUGAGUACUGUAAUCAAGGGACGCUCUUGUACGUGAUUUACGUUUGGAAAGACCACAAAGAUGUCCACAACGACCUUCUCUUCUUGUUUCGUGAUGCAUCAAGAGUGGCUGUGUAUGAAUGAAUGUCUGGACAGUCGACAUGCUCCUUGUUUGAUCGGUUCAUGGUGGAGAUUUUUUUUUUUUUUGUUCCUGAAGCCUGUGGCAUUUUUAUUGAUUGAGUUCUUGUUACUUGAAAUGCAUUUUCAGUUUGGCGAGCUCAUGCAGAGCUGAGCGGUCCUUUCUGAUCAGCAGAUGUUUUGUCUCUUUUCUGUAAGAGAGCUACAUUGAAAUAAGGUCUGCUGCUUAUGAAGAUCAUAACCCAAACUCAUGUAGUAAAGUAUUUACAGAGUUAACUGACAUUUCUUUCUUAUUUUUUUUUCUUUUUUUUUUAAACCAUGCUGCUUUGAACUGUCUUCUGUAUGACACUGUAUGACAAUCCCAGUCAUACAUGUCCAUGGCCUUCACGCACCGUGGUACUAUUUGUCUAUUUAUUCAGCGCUUAAAAAGCAAAUCAGCUGUAGCACUGCUGUAUAGAACUACGAAGGACCUUUUUAAAUAGCGAAUGAAAUAGGCUUUGGUACAUGUCUCAGCUCUUUUGUUUUGCUACUCUAACGCUACAGGUAGUGAUUUCUCCACUGGACAACUGCGUCCUUUAAAAUGGUGCACUCAUGGUCAUGUUUUAGUGCUUUUUUUCAUGCAAUGUAAUCACGAGUGAUGUCGUCUCUGAAGCUUUGUUUCUCAAUGCAAAAGAGCAGCAUGCUCUAUUAUGAAGAGUGUCGCUGUAGUUUGAAUGACAGUAUUUAAUAUAUUCAUAAUCAGUUACUUCCUUUGCAGUUGCUGUCUAAUUAUUUACCCAUGUUUAAAACAUUCCUUGGAGACAGGAAGGGAAAAAAGGUGUCAACACUGCCGAAUCCUUGUUUAAACAUUUAAAACACUUGCUUUAAAUUUGGGGGGGGGGGUCAAGAUCAAAAUAGUGUUGCACAUGCACUUUACUUCUAAGGGAAGGUGACUUUUAGAGAAGGGCACACAAGCUUCGUGCUCAGAAGAAUUGACAUUAAAUAUUUGCUUAUUACUUAAUACACUAAAAAUCUUUUAAAAAAAGACACUAAUAUUUAAUUCAGAUGAGCAAAAAUAAUGGCCCAGUGAAAGUUCAUAAUACUACUGCUUUCCAGAAGGUAUACUUCAGACUUUGGUUCGAAUAGGUUGCUGCAUUUGUUUACUUUUAAAUUACGGUUUUGUAUAUUUUGUCUGGUUAUAUAUAUAUAUAUAUAUCCUAAAAAUUUGUACUGAUUUUGCUCACCAUUCUUUUAAAACACUGUACUUUUGAUCAUUUUACUCUCUCCACCUUACCAUUAUUUAUUUUAAUCAUAUAGGCACUGAGAAUUGAAUAAAUUUUCAAUAAACUCAUUUUUGUCA